GACGCGGAGUCGGAACGGUCGUGGUCUCUGCCUCCUGCAGUUUCGGCGUUUCUGCGUAGACCCCGGGAGAAGGAGCCGUCCCUGUCGUCUCCUCUCUUGUUUUCCAGCUUUGUAAGAAGCUUUGUCAACGAAGAAAAUGGCUAGCAAUGUUACUAACAAAAUAGAUCCUCGCUCCAUGAAUUCCCGAGUAUUCAUUGGGAAUCUCAACACUCUUGUGGUCAAGAAGUCUGAUGUGGAGGCAAUCUUCUCAAAGUAUGGCAAAAUCGUUGGUUGCUCCGUGCAUAAGGGCUUUGCCUUUGUGCAGUAUGUUAAUGAGAGAAAUGCCCGGGCUGCAGUAGCAGGAGAGGACGGCAGAAUGAUUGCUGGCCAGGUUUUAGAUAUUAAUCUGGCUGCAGAGCCAAAAGUGAAUCGAGGAAAAGCAGGUGUGAAAAGAUCUGCAGCGGAGAUGUACGGCUCCUCAUUUGACUUGGACUAUGAUUUUCAACGAGAUUAUUAUGACAGGAUGUACAGUUACCCAACACGUGUUCCUCCUCCUCCUCCUAUUGCUCGUGCUGUGGUGCCCUCCAAACGCCAGCGUGUAUCAGGAAACACUUCCCGGAGGGGCAAAAGUGGCUUCAAUUCUAAGAGUGGACAACGGGGAUCUUCUUCCAAGUCUGGAAAGUUGAAAGGCGAUGACCUUCAGGCCAUUAAGAAGGAACUGACUCAGAUAAAACAAAAAGUUGAUUCUCUUCUGGAAAGCCUGGAAAAAAUUGAAAAAGAACAAAGCAAACAAGCAGAUGUGUCCUUCUCAUCCCCAGUAGAGGUAAAGAAUGAGAAGUCAGAAGAAGAGCAGAGCAGCACCUCUGUGAAAACAGACGAGACUAAUGUGAAGAUGGAGUCUGAGGCAGGUGCAGAUGAUGCUGAGGAAGGGGACCUUCUGGAUAUCGAUGAUGAUAAUGAAGAUCGAGGGGAUGACCAGCUGGAGUUGAUCAAGGAUGAUGAAAAAGAAGCUGAGGAAGGAGAGGAUGACAGAGACAGCGCCAAUGGCGAGGAUGACUCUUAAGCACAUAGUGGGGUUUAGAAAUAUUAUCCCAUUAUUUCUUUAUCUAGGCGCCUGUCAGAAAUCAAAAAUACACCAGGUCCUCUUCCCUAGUACCUUCAGCACAUGCUCACUGCUCCCCUCUUGUCGGUCCUGUAUCCAUUAAUUCAUAAUCGCCCUGCGCCUAGUUCAUUUCCAUGUUCACUUCCUUUGAUGCUUGAGUAGUUUUGUUGCGUCUUACCCUGUAAUUUUUGCUUUUGAUUUUGAUAUCUCUUUGACUUAACAAUAAAAAGUUGUAUGGUUUUUA